AUGCAGGUCCACUCUGCUCGCCUACACUCGUAUCACAACGCAAAGAGCCAAAUGCUCGGAAACAAGGCAGGACAUGCGCCUCCCGCAUGGCGCACGGCGCCUGUUCCCGGUAUAGUGGGAGGGCCAGGGAAGCGCCCCGCUCCGCCUCCCGAGAAGGGCAGCAAGAUCCUGCUGAGCAACCUACCGCCGGACGUGGGGGACAGCGAAGUUGAGAUGCUCUUCACGAAGACGGUGGGCCCGGUCAGAGACACGUUCAUCGUGUACAACUCGCAGGGACACUCGAAGGGCAUGGCCGUCGUCACGUUCAAGCGCUCAUCCGACGCGGCAAUUGCGCGUGCCAAGUACCACCAAAAGAUCGUCGACGGGCGUCGUCCGAUCAAGAUCGAAAUUAUUAGGGACGACGAUGACGUCCCACAGCCGUCAAAGCCUCCAUCGCUUCUCGAACGCCUCAGCCUGGCAUUACCACCGCAAGUGCAUGUGCAAGCAGCGAGGCCCUUCCCACCAGCAGGAGUUGUAGUGAAACAACCCGCGUAUGCAGUAAAACAACCCGCGUAUGCAGUGAAACAACCCGCGUACGCAGUAAAACAACCCGCACAACAAAGAAAAUUACCAGCCCGGCCAGCUGCGAACCGGCCUGUCGCAAUGAACAUCAAGGCACGCGUGCGUCAGAAGAAGGGCCCGAGGCGCAUCAAGAAGACCGUCGCGCAGCUCGAUCAGGAGAUGGAGGAGUACCGAGCGAGGGCGGAAACAUAA